AGACCCAGCAGAAAAAACCUGAAUGGCGAGAGACAGCCGAAUUAUAUAUCGAUUUUCCAAGUAAAAUAGAUGGAUUAAAUAAUGCUGAUGAAAUAUUAAAUUACUACGAAAAAUUUUUAAAAAUGAUUAUAAUUUGCUACCAGGACAAAUUAAACAGUAAGGAUUUGAAAAAUAACCAACCUAAAAGUGUUUUUGAAGAGUAUAUGGAGGAAAACGAGGAAUGA